GUGUGAACAAAAGGUCUGAGAUUGAAAGGAAGGAACACUUCAUAAAAGUCUAUUCUCACGUGACCAGAGAUAAAGCGUAUUACUUCCUCUCCUUCUGAAGAAAAGGUGCAUCGCUGCAAUAGCCAAAAUGAUUAAAAGUGUUGCACUUUGUUCGUUAUAUUUUUUGUUAUUCGUUCCAAAUUAUCAAUCUAUCUUGAGAUACUGCACAGCUCAUGGCAAAAAUUACACCGAGUGUGGUUUAAUGUACUGGACUGGAUGGAACGAUUGCACGGGAGGUCAUGGAAUGCAACCAAAAGAAUGCACAAUUGGGUACGAAAAACGGCAAAAAGCCGUGUGUUGUCCUAGAAACAGCUCAACUGAGACAACAGAUGAAACUUUCCUUGCGUGCAAAAUAAAUUGCAAUAUGACGGAUGAUGACUUCGAGGAACUGAGGCUUCUUACAACUACAGUUCCACCUACAACGCACAGAGUACCUGGACUAUCUCAUUCAACAACUGGGACCACUUCACGUCCAGGAACUCAGCGGACACGAACAAUUACGGUGGUCCAAGGAGGAACUCUUCACUCUGUUAGUAAUGGAACGACGAAUACAGACAACACCAAGUCAGGUUUAUCCACCGAAGAAAUCGCCAUUAUAGCGGCGGCAGGAGUAGCAGCCCUUGCCUGUCUCGCCUGUUUUCUGAUUGCUUUACUGUGUAAACGAAACAAGAGAAAAAAGGUUGAGCCCGAAGAAAACCCAAACAUAAGUGGAAGUGCACCUGCAUCAACGGCAGCUCCUUCUUUCGUGAAAUCUUGAGAUUAAAAAAUGCCGAAAACGAAAAGUGAUGGAAAUUAUCUAUCACUAUUCAUGUGUACAAUGUUAUUGAUUAGAUUUGUUAUUUUGUGAAUAAACAACGUACUUCAGUAUCUAAACUGCAAA